AUGCCUGGCCCCACGAAUACUCUGCUGAUCGAAGGUUCCUUUGAGGAGCUUGCCGAUGAGCUCGCACAUUACGUCGAUGAGGUCCAAAAGAAACAAACUCCGGACAACGCCAACAUUCAAGCAGAAAUCACGCCUCUGUUGGAGAAGGGGCAGAAGGAUGAAGUGCUCAAAAAGCUCGUCACUGCCAGCGAUGUGCUGAAUACCGCUCCGGAGAAGGAAUUCAUAGCAGCCUACAACCUCCUCAUCCACCUAGUUCGCCAGUCACCGAACCUCGACAAAUUCCUCCCCAAAAUCUGCCAGAACCUUUCCGCCCCCGUAAAGUCCUCCCCAAACAAUGGCCCCGGCCUCGCCCUUUCCAUCCUGACUACGAUCUUCAACAUCCUCCCCCCAACGAAUGACACCCGCUACCACGUCUUCCUCGCAGUCCUGCGCGUCGUACGCAGCUCUUCCUCCUUCGAACUCCUCCGUCCGCAACUCAAGAACCUAGACAGCUGGAUCGCAGCGUGGGAGACUGACGAAGAAGACCAACGCAAAUUGUAUCUCGAAAUCGCAAACGUCGCCGCGGAGGCGGGCGAAGAUGCACAGUCAUAUCUCUAUCUACUCCGAACCCUACGCGCCAUCCCCGCCGACGAGGUCUCCUCGCCAGACUCCCACAACCUCGCGAUCCGUGCGCUCAAGGCCGCUCUGUCCCAUCCCUCGCACUUCGACUUCCAAGACCUCACCUCCAGCGACCCUAUCCAAGCGCUCCGCAAGUCGGAACCAGAAUGGUAUGAACUGCUUGAAAUAUUCAACGCCGAGCUGCUGGACGACUACAACGACUUCCUCGAAUCCCACGACGACUUCUUGUCCGAUGCGUCCCUUGAUGCGGCGGUUCUGCAUCGGAAAAUGCGCCUGCUCACGCUCGCCUCGCUGGCCGCGAGCACACAAAGUCGGAGUCUGCCAUAUCAGCAUAUAGCCCGCGCCCUACAGAUCCCCAGUGAGGAUGUAGAGAUGUGGGUGAUCGAUGUGAUCCGCGCAGGGCUCGUGGAGGGCAAGCUAUCCCAGCUCAACCAAACCUUCCUCAUACAUCGGAGCACGUAUCGCGUGUUUGGGGAGAAGCAAUGGACCGAGGUGCAAGGGCGGUUGGAUACGUGGAGGACGAGUCUGGAAGGGGUCCUCGCCGUUGUGAGACAGGAGCGGAUAAAGAUGUUGGGGGAGCGGGAGAGAGAGUUGAAGGAGUUGGAGGGUAGGAUGAACGGCGGGGGCGGCGGCGGGAGUGGCGGAACGGGUCGAGGGAUGGGUGGAGGCAGGAAUCCGAGGGAUGGGUUCGAAAUGGGGCUUGACUGA